CUAGCGCAAUUGGUUUCGUAAUUAUUAAAUUUAUUUAUAUAUGUGUGUAUAUAUAUAUAUAAAAGGAAAAUAAAUGUAUAGGAUUAAACAUGGUGGAGUGCAGAAAUAAUUUAUUAAAUCUGCGAUAGAAAAUAACGAAGAUAUAUCGGCAAGUAGGUAUCGACGGUGCAAAUAUUUCGGAAAGUAGGUCAAGUGGGUGUCCUCAUUCUACCUUUUAUUUAGCUCAGCGAGUACGAGUAACGAUGCCGUACGCACGUUACUAAAUUUACUAAUACGACGUGUAAUUAUAAAAUAUGUAACACAAUCGAAUCAUCGAAAGGUGGCGCCAAAACUGUGUAUAGAGUUGAAUUGCGCUAUCUCUUUCACGUGUGGCAAUUCAAAUAUUUUAUUUGCGAAACAAAGCAUUAAUUGGUGUUUAAAACGUUAAUUUAACAAAGAAUAGUUAAUUCACGUGACGUGGACUACAUACAAUUUCUAUCCAUUAAAAGCAUUGCCUAAUUUUGAAUGAGAAAGGGUGCUCGUAAGAGGGAGACAGGAGAUGAACUUCGAAUCAAAAGAUAAAUUCGAUAAAGAUGCGCCGUUUAGCAUUAAGAAAGAACCCGUUUGGGAUAAUGAUAUCGAGAUAAAGCAAGAGUUGGAGUUUGAGGAAGUAUGCAGGAAUAUCAAAGCGGAAUGUGAUGAUUGGAAUAUGGUUAAAGUUGAGCAAGAUAUACAGGUUCAAGACUAUAAAAUAGAAUCACAGUUUAAUCUGGAUUUUCUAGAAGGCAUCGAAUCAGAGCCAUCAAAUUUACAAAAUGGACCAAAAAUUCCUGAAAUUACUUCGGAUUAUGAAUUUUCAAGUAUUAAAACUGAUGGAAAUUUAAAUCUUCAGAAUCCUGCAGAAAUAGGUACACUGAUUGGCCAGAAGCAUUCUGAUGAUAGUUGCAGCUUUGAUAUGAAGACAUUUUCUCAACCUGAUGAAAAUAGUGCAUUAUUAUUCUGUACUAAAGGAAACUCUUCUGCUUCUGAAGAAAUUUUACCAGAUACUGAACUUAUUGAUAGUAUAGUCAAAGAGGAAAAUAACAAAGGCAGAUCACCAGCAAAGAUGAUCAUGAGACAAGGACAAACAGCUGCAACUGUAUCUUUUUCCAACAUCCAGAAACAGUUGCAAGCCUUACUGUGGUCUCUGCUAGUCACCUGCCAGUGGUAUGAUAAAAGGCAAAUUUGCAUGCAUAGUGACCACUACAUGUCUUGUCAUUAG